AUUUGAUUACUGGAUCGGAUGACCCUUCUCGAUGAUCGCUAGCUACGGAUGUGUCAAAGUGGCUGGGGAGUUUCUGGCGAUUUUUCGUUCCGGGUCAUAUACAUGUAGAGCUUUAUAGUUAAUCCUGUCCAAAACGCUUAUCACCGUUAUCCACGGCACGAUUAGCGAUGACACUAUUGCCAUUGUAAUGCAAAUUGCAAUCAACCUGACAUUCUGCAUUUGUUUUGAUCGGCUAAUUCAGGCGUCGUCGAAAGCAUUGGCAUUUUUUCGGUGGAUUUCCACAGAUAACUGCCAUGUAUGGUUUCAUAAACCAAGCACUGCAGGAGUUUGUGAUACGGGAAAGCAGUUUUGAGACCUGGGAGGAAAUACUGUGAGUAUUUUUCCGCCUAAUCUUAUGUUUCACUUGUCAUUUUAAAGCCAUUGCUAAGUCCGUCAGAGCAACGUACUCAUUAUGCCGGUCUGUGCCUUGUACUUACAUGUAGGAAGAAGGCCAAUGUUGAUCUGGGAGAAACAAAUGAAUUCAGCCAGCGCCGGAUUUAUGAUGAUCAGAACACAGUCGAUUUGCUGCGGGUUGUUUCGGAAACAUUAGGUAAGAUUUACAGUACAUGUUAGCUUAUUGCGGCGGGCGUGUUAUUGACACAAGCUAAUAGUUAUGCUUCUGUGCUUUCACCGGCGCUAUAUUCCCCGUGGAUCAGUAAGCUGUUUCGUAAAAAAAAAUUCUAUUGCCAUUUGUAAGAAAAUAAUUCAUGUUUAUCGUUGUUUCGAUACGGAAUUAGCGCUCAACAACAGCGUUUAUAAACAACAGCAUUGUAUUGUCAAGACCAUAUACAGAGGCGCCGAUAAUAAUUCUCUUUGUCCAUUUGAGUUUUGCCAUGCAUGGUUGCAGAAAAAAACUGCAGUCAUUUUUUUACAAGCUGUAAACUGAAAACCGAUUCGUCCAGAGAUAAUAUAUUUCCUUGCGAUCCAACUAAACACGAACCUGUCAAAAUAAAUUUAAUGAAACGUCUGAGGUCCGUGUCACUUAUCAAAAAAUGCAAAUCAUGGAAAAUGCAAGUGAUUAGAGCCUAUUAAUGUUUAAAAAGGUUUUAACAUCCUCGCUACGGGAAACACAUCCCAGACAUACCAAUACCAAGGAAGAGAUUAGUUCGAAGCGGAACACAAAAGAGAGUAAAUUAUGUUUGAGAAAGUGCUGAUAGUGGGAGCAACUUCAGAAUAUAUUGCAGCGUGGCCAUCUUGAAGAGAUAUUAGGAACUUUAAGAUCCAACGACAUGGACGGCAAUGAGAAUGUCAAAAAACCAUAGGUUUUAUAAGCAAAAUAAUAACUUUGCACGUGCAACACACUUGUUUGUAUUUUUCUUUUCCUGUUUUUGCACCACUACGACGUGAAAAUGCCUAAUUUUGUGUUUUAUGGAGAAUGUAAACAAGCGACGUCGAAAUUUUAUUUCUCUUUCUGAACUUGAAUAUGGUCCCUUAAAAUUCAACUUCAGGAGGGUGUGCCUACAUUUUACAAAGUAAGUGGGUAGAAAUAAUAAAAAUUGUGAUAAAGACGAAAGAAGGCAAAUUCACAUUUUAAGCGAUGCUCUCGUUGCCGUCACGUCGUUGGAUCUUAAGUCCCUAUUAUGCACUUAUCAGCAGCCAUCCCUGAGGUUGCCCCCCCCCAUCAACUCCAGGGGCAUACAGGGGUAUGGCACAGGAUUUGUUUGACAUUUGAGUAGUGCUAAUUUUUAGAAAAUCCUUAAAUAAGAAUGACUGAGACCAGGCUUAAUGAGCCUGCGAGACUGAGCACCCCACCCAAAAGCGACACAGAGGUAAAAUAAAUCACUAUUAUCUGAUUGGUUGUUGGCAGACAACUCAUGAAGUAAAUGAAUCAGGUCUUCCUUUUUCCCUUUUGCCACCACGCUUCCCUUAAAAGAAAACAAGAAGCUUGAUCAAAGGUAACCUUUACCCUUGUUUAGACCAAACUAGAAGAUGCAAUUUUCCAUAUCUUUUGUCAGACCUGACCCAAAGUUUGAUAUUGUAUUCAGUGCUCCAAACUGCAACCAUUUUAGUGGCCAUGACGAGCAGAAAAAAAUUUUUGCAACUAAAACCGGUAAGCAGAAUCUAGCAUUUUAUCACAAGUCACUGUCAGAUUACAAAAUCCUUCUGGUCUUUCCCCAGGGACACAGCUCUAAAAGUGCAAAAAUGAUCCAGUGAUAAUCUUUAAGCUCAACUGUCAUUUAAUCAAUAAUAAUUAUUUAUAUUUGAAAGUAAUUUAUUUUUUCAUUUCUUUUUAGGGCUAUCUCAAAACUACGUCUUGGAGAAAUUUGGAGAAAUAUUUUUUGAAUAUAUCCAAGAUGCUGGCUAUGAUAACAUUCUUAAUAAUCUUGGCAGUAACCUAAAGGACUUUUUCAACAGUGUAGAUGCUAUUCACGAACAUCUUCUGUUCGUGUUCCCGGGUAUGCGAGUGCCUUCUUUCCAUGCUAAAGACACUCCCGAUGGCAGUGGCAUUGAAAUCCUGUACUUUUCUGAAAGAGCUGGGCUUGAAUAUCUUGUAGUAGGCAUGGUGAAGUCAGUAGCCAGCAAAAUUUUCAAUGUUGAUGUUAAUGUUGAAUUAUGUGAACCAGUGAACCAAACAGAGAAGUCUGCCUGGUCCAAGUUUCUAGUCACUCCAGAGAGUAGCAGUGGUAUAAACCAAAUGAGACAACAUUGCAAACAAAUUCAAAGGAUGGAGCAGAAGUUGGAACUAGUGACAUUAAGUUCUAGAAUCAGCAAUCAAACAUUUUGCCAAGCAUGCCCUUUUCACAUCAUGUUUGACACUGAUAUGGUGAUAUAUCAAGCUGGUGUGUCCUUGACAAGAGUACUACCAUCGGUUAAAGUUGGCCAGACAAGGGUUGAUGAAGUGUUUGAGGCUAUCCGCCCGCACAUUCCCCUUACUUUUGAUCAGAUUUUGGAGUUCAUUAACAAGGUGUAUGUUGUCAAGACAAAGGAGGGCCUCUUGGAUUCUGCUACUCUAACAACAGUUUCAGAGGAUGACAUUGGUACUCUAGAAUUACCAACAAUGCGAUUCCGUGGGCAAAUGCUUUACCUUCCUGAAUGUGAUAGCAUGUUGUUCCUCUGUUCACCAAGUGUUCUCAAUUUGGAUGGAUUAAAUGAAGUGGGUGAGUAUACCAAAACCUUAGUGCACAAACAUCUUGCAAACAGUAAGUCUGUUGCCUGCAGAUCAAAAACAUGAAACUUGAUAUAUAAAGAAGCCAUUUUAAGGUAUGGCACUGAGUUGGGCCUCACAAUAUGUUAACCACAGGUAAAAUAAUAUCAAAUAGUUUUUUCUAUUUACUGUCACAUUUGAAGUAAACCAUUAGUGCUUAUUGAAUUGGCCAAGACAGUUAAUUCUUUAAUUCAAGUGUUGAUUGAGUGGUCACUUAUGAGAACAUUAAAACAAAGGGAAAGACAAGUGGGUGAUUCACAAACAAGACCACAGCUUCCUAAGAGAAUAGUCACUUCUUACGAGAGCUUUACAUUACAGAGUUGACAUGUAAGUCAUAGCUACCCUGGGUUUUAAAUGAUGGUCACUUGUUGCUGCAAGGAGUGUGUUGACUGUAUGUGUCUUUUCCAGGGUCCAAAGAAAGUCAGUUUUACAGCUUGCCAUUUGGGCAAGCUGUAGCGUGUACUAGCCCGAAAAAAAUUUGAUGAGCAGGAUUGAUUACAGUUCUUCUGUUAUUCGAAUUUCUAAAAAAAAUAUCAAUUGCCCAUUGGGCAAGUUAAAAACAGAAUUCACUAGCCCGAUAGCAAAAUCCACUAGCCCCACGCUAUCGGACACCACUUUCUUUGCACGCUGCUUUUCAUGCAUCUAAACCAAACAUUUUUCAGUUGACUGAACUUAUUUAGAAGAUAUUUUUCAUUCCAGGUCUGUACCUCAGUGACAUUCCUAUCCACGAUGCCACUAGAGAUCUUAUUCUUCUGUCUGAGCAGCACAAUGCAGAGUCGCACCUCUCACGUCGACUUGAAAUCCUCACCGACAAGCUUCAACAGACAGCACGAGAACUUCAAAAAGAACAGCAGCUAACAGAUAGACUGCUAUACAGCAUUCUUCCAACAUCAGUGGCUAAUGAUUUGAGGUUGAAGAGACCUGUUAUGGCAAAAAAAUAUGAGCUGGUGACCAUCAUGUUUAGUGGAAUUGUCGAUUUCACUCAUUAUUGUAAUCAGAGCACUGAGCCAAUGGAGAUUGUGGAGCUUCUGAAUGAGACCUACACAAAGUUUGAUAAUCUGGCUGACAAGAACGUUGAAGUUUUUAAGGUAUACAUUUGAGAUGUCAUAUCUGAGGAGGCAGCAUGCCCAGUGGUUAGAGUUCUGUAAUUGAAAUUCAGUAGCCUGUGAGCAAGCUCUCCAAUUAUGGCGAGGGAAGCGAGCCGAGAGAGAGCACGACUUCCCCAAAUGGAGUGCUUGCUUGCAGGCUAGAAAUCCAGAAGUGCUGAGUUCAAUCCCUGCCCCAACUGCUGCCGUGUGGCACGAAAAUUUUGCGGGAGUUUUUUUUUGUGGAUUGGUGAUUUUUUGUGUUUUGCGGGAACUAAUUUUUUGCAGUUAGGACAGGUUAGUUUUUCUAGCUGGAAUUAAUUUUUGCGAUUUUCAGAAAGUACCCAGUACCCAGAAUUGAUAAUAUUUUUGUUUUUUUUAUUGUUAAGUACGUGCAAUAGAAAUACAUAUUACAAUACUACGAUAUACAUACCCUAUGAGGCAAGUUGUAAUUUAACAGACACGAUUUCUUAGUACUGUAUUUUUGCACAGGGAAUUUAAGUAAGAGAAUAUUCCGGAGUAAAUUUUUGCGGGAAAAAUGUUUGCAGUAAUUUUUACUUGGGGGAAACUUACUUUUGCAGAUCACUAGAAAAAUCACAAAAAUUAGAACCCUUAAAAGUUUCAUGCCUUACUGUAGCUGGAUUUUUUCUCUGUAGUCCCAAGUUCAGUUGUAAACAGCCAACUGGUUAGCCUCCGGCCAGUUGGGAUUCUUAACCCUGUUAAUAUGUUUAAAUGUUUGUUUCUGUCCUUAUUUGUGGGCCAUAAUAAAACCCCUGGGUCACCAGUAAUCAUCUCACCCCUGUAAAGUCAUGAGAAAUAAUGCCUAUUUGUAAGACUCUCCCUCACUUGACUUAAUAAUUCAUCACAAAAUCAAUUUCCUUCUCCUCUCAAAUGUACCUCAAAUGAAGCACAUAAAUAUGCUGAUCUCUCCAACUAAUUGCAUUUUGUAUGUCCAUUGCUACUAGAAAGUAACAUUCCAAAAGCUACAAAGAAAGAAGUUCUUUUUAUAACAUCCAGUGUGAUGUUUAGUCGCUAAACUACUGAUUUGUUAGUCCAGACUGAUAAGCAGGAAACAUAUCAUGGUGUUAUGGAAAGGUUUUUGUCAGUGCAUGACAGUCUGCUCAUUAUAAUUAUUAUGAUUAUUAACAAAAGUCUUGCUCUCUGGUAUCAGAGGAAAAAACUUGUUUUUACAUUCUCUAACUCUUUUCUUGGUUUUCUAUUGAUACCAGUGAGGAGAAAUCAUAUGCUGAUCUUUGUAACACUUUUUUUUUAGGUUGAGACAGUAGGGGACAAGUACAUGGCAGUCAGUGGUCUACCAACAAGGUGUUCCAGACAUGCUGUCAACAUUGCAAAUCUGGCGCUUGAUAUGAUUGACAUUGUACAAGAAGUCAAUGCUCGCGGCAAGAAGAUGCAGGUAUACUCUUCUUGUUGUAGUCUGAUAGGGAAGCAGCCCAGAAGAGGGGUAGGGGGGUGGUGGGGGAUGCGUGUACGUUAGGAAUUUUUUGCUGAAAGCCUUCAAUGUUUUGACAUCACUUUGCAUCCACGCACUUCAAGAGCAGGGGCUCUCAAUUGAGCACAUCGAUCUACGUAAUCUACCCCCCUAUAGCUUUGUUCAAACUAGUGCCCGGGUACCUCGGAAAAUUGAGCCUUUUACGUACGUCAUAUUCUCUGGAUUUUGGUUCUUGCUUUUCCUCUAAUUUUCUGAAAUUUAAGCCAAAAUACUGUUUUAAGAAGAUUUUGCACAAGGAGAAAUAAAGUUUCCUUGUUUCUUUUUCUUUUGAAACACAAUUUGAAGUGCGCCAAAAUGACCCAGAACAGGUAUUUGAGGGGGACAUCUUUGCUCAAACCGUGACAAUCCCUCAAUGGUGCGCUCUAGAUCAGACACUGCAUACUAGACUUAACUCCCCAAAUCCCCCCUAUUCUAGAGUAGCUUUUAGGCUGAGUUGCAUAAAUUAAUCUUGCGGAUUUGAUUUUUUAAUAUUUUUGAGUGGCAAGUCCGGUUUCCUUAGUAUAGACUAAACGUUAAGCCUUCAACCAAUAAUUGGUUGAAGGCUUAACGUUUAGUCUUUAGUCGUUUUGGUUUCUUGGAAAAUGAUACCCUAUUCUAGAUCCAAACUCUCAGAUUUAUAUACCCCAUUACCCUAUCCCAGAGUAAACUGCUUAAAAACCAUACCUUUCACAGCAGCACAUACUUAUAUAGCCCAUACCUGGCAGUAACCCCCCCCUCCCCCCCCCCGCUGGGGGUGAGGAGUAGGGCUAUAGCUAAAGUUUUCAUUUUCUGGGGGUAUGCAGUUUAAUAUUUGGCAGGGUGUUUAACGGACAGGAAUUUCAUUUGAAGUGAAAAUUAAACGAGACUUUCAAUACAUGUAAGUUGAAGGUUGAUUUGGAUUCUAUGAGUCAUCAGCUGGGAGUGUUGGUUUUUCUGGUUGUUAUGACCAGUGUCAAUCUCAUCAUGAACAGCAGGAGUUGCCUGCCCUGUCUGGUUGGUACUUUGGCCUUCAGUAGCGGCCAUGCUUUCAUUCAUGUAGAAGAAAGAGCAAGAAAAACGUAAAACGGAAAAAAACUGCGAUGCAGGACAAUAAUUCACACUUGGCAGAGCUUACAUCGAUGAAUUUUGGGGGUGUUAAACGACGAAAAAAAAACAAGAAAAAAAUAUGCUACAACGGUGAAACCUGGUCCCAGUUGUUCAAAAGCGGGAUAACACCAUCCACCAGACAAAUCAUUAUCCAGUGGAUUAGAUCUGGUGUAUGUAUUCAAACGCUUAGUUAGUCUAUCGGAUCCUUCUAUUUCAGUAAUGUACCCCACUAGACCCAGGCACACUGUCUCCUUUCGGUACUCUGCUGAAUACGAUUAGAGCCAACACCAUUACCUUUACCAUUAUCGUUGUAUGUAUUAGUGUUAUUUUUUUUGUGGACCUCAUACUGGAGCUUGCUCUGUCAGUUAUCCAGGCCUCUUGGCGAAGUUUGUAAAUAAAUAAAUACCGUCAAUGAUCGAUUAAGCGCUGCGGCGCUUAUUUCAUUUUCCCUGCCAUGUGUGCGGCGCUUAUACACCUCAAGUGGCGCUUAUUUCAACCACGGGCAAAAAACAAUCACUGAGGGGAAUAUAGAGAGAAUUAACUGAGGCCAAAACUAGGUAUGCACAAUUUAGUAUAAAAUAUGUGCACCUCUAACUGUUAUUUAUUACGAACCUGAUUUCAAGAGUUUCCCAACAUUAAAACAUUAGAACUCAUGAGUUGGUCGAGGUCUUAUUUCUCAAGCGGUAUGGUUUCGAUGUCUCUUUAUAUCAAGCUCCGUAAUAAAGGUAGGGCGUUAAUUUGUAAAUACCCAAAUUAGCGCCGCGGCACUUAUUCGAGUAGCGGCUCCUAAUCAAUCAUCUACGGUAAAUAAACAAAUAAAUGUUAGGAAAAACAUUUGGACUAUACACUGGAUAGAGAUUUAUCGGGUGGAUAGGGCGAUCAACCUUUUGAACAACUGGGGCCUAUUUUCUUCAAUGCAAGAAGUACAUCAAACUGAUUUGACGUAUGCGCUGCACUCUCUCUCUCUCUCACACCACACCUUCAUGACCUUGGCUGAUGAUGAACUAGAGUCUAUCUUCUAUUUGAAAGUAGCUUCCUCCCCCGGCCCCAGGUGACAACUGGGGGUAGGGCCAUGAAAGAACUCCAAUGUAAAUGUGAUAGGGAUGAUUCUUGUUUUGUUCCUAGUGAAACUAUGUUGUGAAACAAUGCAUUUCUUGGGGUUCACUUUUCUUGUCAUAGAUCACAAUCGGUAUUCAUUCUGGUGAAGUUGUGGCCGGUGUUGUGGGGCAGAAGAAACCUCGUUACUGUCUAUUUGGAAACACUGUUAAUCUCACCAGCCGUACAGAGACCACUGGGCUGCGAGGAAAGAUAAAUGUCACAGAAUACACUUACAGGUGAUUAACACACAAUUCUAAUUAACCUCAUUAACAGAGAUGAGCGUGGUGGAAGGUGCCCGCGAGGCUUGUGAAGCCCUGAGGUGAAGUCGAGUGCAACGCGUAACCUUGACAGCCCUGAGCUUGGCAUCCACUAAGGCACCGUCACACUGCUAAUUAGUCGAAGUUAACAGAGUUACCAUAUACUUACCGUAAGGGGGCACGAGCCAGGACAGACAACGACACGUGAUCGACCUUGACCUCAAGAGAAAGUCUGUAAAAACAAACACAUGAACCCUUGCGAUGCGAUAAGGGCGCCCCGCAUAUCUCCUUCCAGAGACUGCUGGCUAGCUAUGUCUCGAGUUUAACUUUGCCUAAAUAUUCAUUCAGCCACAUUUAUAAUUAUGUGCCAUGAUAGGCUCGCUCAUCGUUUGUCUCACGACAGUCCACAUUUCAAGUGCGUACUGCCGGUGUUCAUCAGGCGAUGUUGUUGAUUUACUGAGCUGAACUGUUAGUAACACCCUGGUCGCUUGUGAUUGAUGCAUUAUAACACCCACCAGGAUGAUCAGAGGGUUUUGAUCCGAAACAUAACUAAGGUUUGUUUUGGAUUAUUGAUUAGUGCAGGCAUCAAGUUAAAACGUAUAUGCUUCUGAAAAAAAGCUGUUUUUCGCUGAAGUAUCCACAUGAAUUUGCCUUUUGCCAUGGUGCUAACUUUCAGAAGUGAUCAUUUUAUUAAAAAUCAGUGAUAUUUGUUUGGACAUUGCAGAUCGCUGUUAUGUGAACCACACCACAACUUUGCCUUUAAAAAGAGAGGUCCUGUUACAAUGAAAGGCAAACCAGAACCAAUGAUAACUUACAUCUUACAGCGAAAGGAUGAAGAAGCAUCAUGAACAGUUCAGACUGCAAGUCUUGUAAAAACAUAUUGUAUUUAUCCUUUUUGUGGGCAGGGCCCUAAAAUUAGCUUAAACUGAUAAACGUAAGUAUCGGUAAUUGCGCCAAGUAAUCUAUUAACGUAUAACUAGAUGAGUACAGUACAUUCAAUGUUAUACACCAUACCUACUACAAAGACUUGUAAUAUAAUAGUAUAUAUAAUAUAUAUUUAGUUUCAACAGUUUGGAUGAUCCGUUUUCACUUUUCUUUUUCAUGAAAAAUGACCAUCAAAUGAACCAGAAUUGUCGAAACUUUUAAAUAUCAAAAAACUUUUAGUUGUACGGAGAAGUGAUCUCCACUAACAAUGAUGAGUGACAUGCGAUUAAGUUGUUAUCCAAAUGAAUGCCUUCUUAGAUCGUGUCACAAGUUAGGCUCGAUUUCCGCGGCCCUCUCGGUCUCUCCGUUCGGGAGAGGAACGCGGGCUCUUUUCCCUAACAGCGGUUGGUAAUCGAGCCUUUUUCAUUGCCUAGUCCCCAGGCCUCAUUAUUGCGCGCGGCCGAUGCGGUUCGGGUCACGUGGUCCGAGCGAGUCUCCCAGCCGUUCGUCUCAGGUACGUCACCGAAAUGCAUAGACCGAGAAGGUCUGCGAAGACGCCGUACAGGGACUAGGCAAGGGUUUUUAUUUUACUGUUGUCAGCUACACUAGAUGAUCUAACUGAUCUGUUUUCUUUAAUAUAAUUGCAUGAAAACUGAAGUUCAGAUAUG